CUCUGAACAUGUGCUGUUGUUUUCUGACAGUGUAAUGUGAGUUAACUGGGAUUAGCCGGGUUGUCAUUGGAAAAUAACGUACUUUUCGCGAUAUUUAGCCAAGUCUAUAGACGUAUAUUAAGCGUUUUGUAAAGUUAAAGUGUUUAAAGUUCAAUUUCGAGUGAGAAAUCGAGCCCAGCUCGGCGCCUGCUGCUGUUAGCGGGCAGAGAGAGGAGGGAAAGCGGUCCGUCUGUCGGCGUGUCGGCGCCUGAGAGCUGAAGGCGUCUUCAGAGUUCCUCUCUUGUAAUUUUGGGACUGACCGGCCGUGACCAUGCGGAGGUGUAAAAACUGCGGUGGGACGGACAUUGAUGUGGACCAGGCGCGCGGAGAUGCGGUGUGUAUGGGCUGCGGCUCCGUGUUGGAGGACAACAUCAUUGUUUCCGAGGUAACCUUUGUGGAGAACAGUGGCGGGGGUUCGUCUGCUGUUGGUCAGUUCGUGGCAUCAGACGCCUCCGGUAAUGUCCCUUCUAUGAUGGGUGGCAAUUUCUCUGGGAUGGGAAAGGAGUCCAGAGCCCAGACGUUACAGAAUGCCAAGCGGAACAUAAACCACCUGGGCCGUCAGCUGCAGAUGAACCAGCACUGCCUGGACACGGCCUUCAACUUCUACAAGAUGGCGCUGUGCAAGCGGCUGACCCGCGGCCGCAAAUCCACACACGUUGUGGCCGCCUGCCUCUACCUGGUGUGCCGAACGGAGGGGACGCCACACAUGCUGUUGGACCUGAGUGAUCUGCUGCAGGUCAAUGUGUACGUUCUGGGAAGAACAUUCUUAGCAUUAGCCAAAGAGCUAUGCAUCAAUGCUCCAGCUAUAGAUCCCUGCCUGUACAUCCCGCGUUUUGCACACAUGUUGGAGUUUGGAGACAAGAGCCACGAGGUGUCCAUGACAGCACUGCGGCUGGUGCAGAGGAUGAAGAGGGACUGGAUGCACACAGGACGAAGGCCCUCUGGGCUCUGCGGAGCAGCUCUACUGGUCGCUGCUCGCAUGCACGAGUUUCGUCGGACCAUCAAAGACGUGAUCGGAGUGGUCAAAGUGUGUGAGGCCACGCUGAGGAAGAGGUUGAGUGAGUUUGAGGAAACACCGACCAGUGAGCUGACCAUUGAGGAAUUCAUGAGGGUUGAUCUGGAGGAGGAGUGUGACCCUCCAUCUUUCAAAGAUGGACAGAGGAAGCUGAGGCUGCAAAAGAUUGAGGAAGAACUCGCUAAGAAGAUAGACGAUGUUCAAGGUGAAAUCUGCGGUUAUCAGGAUGAGAUUGAAAUGGAGCUGGAAAGCAAUCGGCCCAAAGCCAGAGGGAUCUAUGCAGCCUGUGGAAAAAAUGAUGAUUCCAUCUCCUUGGCGUCGUCCAUCUGCACUGAUCUUGAUGAGGAGUGUGAGGACGAAGAGUUGCGUGCAGCAGCCAGUCACAUGAACAAAAACCUCUGUGGCGACAGUCAGACGAGUGAAGAAGAAGAGGAGGAGCGAGAGAAAGAUCAAGGCGCUCCACUCAAACGGCCAUCCCUGGAGGUCCUGCUGGGGCCACUGCCCACUGCGGCCAGCCUCGGCCUCUCCGAGUCCAUCGAUAAGUGUGUCGGGGAGGAGAAGGAGAAUGAGAAUGAGAACGAUGGAACAGCAGAAAAUGGUGAACUGGACCUGGACGGGAUUGACGAUGAUGAAAUCGAUCGGUACAUCCUGAACGAGAAGGAGGUGGAGAUUAAAACAGAGCUGUGGAUGCUGGAGAACGCAGACUACCUCAAAGAACAGAAGGAAAAGGAGGAGAGAAUAGCAAAGGAGAAGGAGCUCGGCAUCUACAAGGAAAAGAAAGCGCGGAAACCGGCUCAGAAGCGGCAGCCGAUCAACGCCAGCACAGCAGAUGAGGCGAUUGAGAAGAUGCUGGAGCAGAAGCGCAUCUCCUCGAAGAUAAACUAUGACGUCCUGAAGGACCUAAACAAGUCUGCACUGAAGAGCCCAUCCACCGAGCCCAGAGAGUCUCCAGCCAAAGGAGGCGCCAAGAGGCUGACCGCUCGCCCACGCAAACCCUUGGACCCCUCGCCCAGCCUGGCCAUGCCUGCCAGCAACUUUGGCAAGAGGUUACGGCCGCUGAUAUCUACACAGCCUCCUAAGAAAGUGGCCCUGGAUCAGCUGCCGUCAGGCAUCCCAGUAGCGGAGCCUGCUGUCCCUACCCAGAAUGCUGUGUUGGUGGAGAGUGGGCCAGUGGCAUAUGAGGAUCCGGGAGAGGAAGAGGAGGAGGAAGAGGAGGAGCACUGCGUCAGCGCCAUGCAACUAAUGGGAGGGAACGAUUACGGCUACGAUUUUGACGAUGAUGAAGGGUUCUAGCUCCUCUAUGUGUGCUUCAGUGAAGUGGACAGCUAAAACUUGGACUGCUGCACACACAACACUCUGCUGCUGCUGAAUUAUACUUGAAUUAUAAUCAUAUUAUCUUACGUUUACAUUCACUCACAGGACACAACACACACUCUGAUCCUCCACCUCAGAAACUGAAUUUAAGUUCAGCGAGUGAUGCUGGGUUGUGUGGAAAUAGUGUGUUUAUAUUAUAGUGGAACUGUGUGCAUGUUUCUUUAAGUACAGGUGUUUAUAAAUGA